AUGAAUACCACAGAAAGAGAACUCCAACCUGGCUUCAGGAGGAGCUGCAUGACAUCUGUAAAAGGACCAAGAACUAGAAGUGUCGUAACAUUUAAUCCAACAACUAUCAGCCCAGGUGAAGAGCUAUACAUUAACAUCCCUAAGCUAAAACCUGACUCCUGCCUUGUUCCAGGAUCACUUGCACUAUUAUUUGACUUCAAUAAUUCCAAUACUAAGAGUCGCUUUAAUAAUAACCUGUCUAAGUUGAUAGCUAAACGUCUUCAGAUUAAAGUAGCUGGUGAAACAGCUUAUGACUGUUCAGGAGAGAGUUUGUAUGAAAUAUACAAAGAUCUAUGGCUAACACUAGGUGACAGGAAAAAGAUGACAGAACAGGGUCUUGCAAGUGAGAAUCUCAGGAAGCUAAUCUCAGGCGACGACUCAGGUGUAAAGGUUGGUGAUGCUAAUAAAGUAGCAGAUGGACUUCUCCAUAGUGUGUACGGUUCUAAGCUUAGAAAACCAAUUGAUAAAAUAAUUGCAGACCAUGGACUCUACACACCGUUCUCCAUGAAUAACAAUCCUAUGUACAUCCUCACACUCCCGCAAUCAGAUGAGAUUAUGACUGCCCAAGGAGGUGAAGCUAAGGGUAAUUAUAAACUGGACAAUCUUGAGUUAGAAUACGAGACCAUUGAGAAUGACGCCCUUGCAAGUGAAGUAUCAAGGAUGUAUUCAACUGGUCGAUCACUGUCCUACAAACAUGUCACACUAAUGCGCACAAGUAAUUGGGACAAGGAUCUUACCAUUGUUAAUGAAAACAUAAAUAUCCCCAGAAAGAGCAUGUCAGCAAUUGUCCUUCUAUUUACCAAUAGAGUGAGAACCAAUUCUGAAGAAUAUAUUUACCCAAACAUUGAUAAAGUGAACCUAACCAUUGAAGGUGUGCCUAAUGCAGUUUUUUCCCAAGGACUUCAUAAAAAUAGGUUCUUUGAUGAGGCAAAACGAUUCUUCUGUCCUAUGUGUGAGAAAUCAAUGGCAGAUGAAUUUAUGUCUAUCAGCAGGUUCUUCAGUAGUGGUUUUGCUCUAGUAAUUGAUCUUAGAACGACUCAGGAUGAUACCACUGGAGAAGGAAGGAAGAUUGUCAACACGCAGUCUGGAGUACUUAUGGAAAUCAAGAAGCAAGCCACAACAGCUGACGUUCAGUGCAACAUUUUUGUUGUAUCAGAUGCCCUCCUUAACUUUGCGAAUAAAGAUCUAUCAAGUAUUCAAUACUAG